CUAGUGGCUAAGCGGAGAAGAAGGGUCCCGGCUAAGCGACCCGAGGAGGAGGAACUGCACACCCGCACACACUCCCAGGAAGUGGCUCGCGAAUCCAUUCCAAUAUUGCGUUAAAUUCUGCACUACAGCGAUAUCACGGGACUUUUUUUGUUUUGUUUCAGUUUUGACACCGCGCUGGAUUAAAACAAAAUGCAGCUCGAGAUGAAAACUGGUCAAGAAGUCUGGGCGUGUUCACUCACAACUUUCUUCCAGCAGUUAAAGUGAUCAGAGUGAACGGUUCUGUUUUCACUACACAGUUAUUUACCCAGACGAUUCUGUCACGGGUGUCGUGAUGUAGAACCUCUGCUCUUUAUUAGCCUCUGGGUGUUUUGGGGGAUUUUUUCUCAGACCGACCAUUUCUUGUGAACGGAUCUUUUCAGGUUAAAUGCAGUCAUCAUUCUGUUCGCUUAGAAGUACAAAUUCAGUGGCUGACACAAGCUUUCAGAACCUGCUAGACCUUCACUGUCUCCAACUGUGAAACAAUGAACGGCCUUAGACAUCUCAUUCAGACAUUUGUCUUAAAUAGAAUUGGAUAUCAACUGCAGUCAGUCGACUCCAAAUCAGACAGCAUACGAUGACCUAAAGACCCAGAAGACAGUUUAUUUCAACACAGGGGCAUAAUAAAGCUGUGAAGAACAUCAUGUCAUUGGGGGAAUUGAUUGAGCUUGAGGAGCUUGAGGAGCGCAUUGAGCUUGCUGAUUCUUUACCACCUCGGACUCCUCGCCUAGAGAGGGUCAAUGCUUUGAGAAUAAGCCCAGGAAAAUUCCCGGAGCUCUGGAACCGUGUGCGCAUUAUCAGGCUCCUGGGAGACACCCUGAAGGACCCACAGUUGGUUGAAGAGACAGGAGAAGGGCACGACUUCCAUCCCUGUAGCCAUGCUCAACCCACCUGGUGUGAUCUGUGUGGAGACUUCAUCUGGGGGGUGUACAAACAAAGCCUGCGCUGUGCCAACUGUAGGUUCACCUGCCAUUACCGCUGUAGAGCUCUCAUUAAACUGAACUGUAAUCAGAGUGACGCCUCUACAACCGAUCAAUCCAGUGAUGUCCAGGACAGCAUUGAAACUGACACCAAUGUGGAUGAAGUGACUGAGAGCAAGAAACAAGAGCUGUCACAUUCAGAGAUUCAGCAGAAGAUAAAGGAGUACAAUGCUCAGAUAAACAGCAACCUCUUCAUGUCUUUGAACAAAGAUGGCUCCUACAAUGGUUUCAUCAAAGUUCAUCUGAAGCUGGUACGGCCUGUGUCUGUUCCACCUCCACGAAAGGGUACUACAUCUCAGGAGCCAGCCAAUGGGAAGAGGGGGGGAGCAGUGAAAAGACGCACGUCCUUCUACCUCCCAAAGGACACAGCCAAACAUCUGCACAUCAGCUCUCGAACUCGUGCACAAGAAGUGAUUCAGGCCCUCCUGAAGAAAUUCACAGUUAUUGACAAUCCUGCAAAGUUUGCACUGUUUGAGCGCACUGAGCGCCAUGACCAAGUGUACCUAAGGAAGCUGCCUGAUGAUGAGUGUCCACUGUUCCUGCGUUUGUGUGCUGGUCCGAACGAGAAGGUCCUGAGUCUGGUACUAAAGGAGAAUGAGACUGGAGAGGUCAAUUGGGAUGCAUUUUCUCUGCCGGAGCUGCAGAAUUUUCUGCGCAUUCUGAAGAGAGAGGAGGAGGAACAUGUAAAGCAGAUCAUGCAACGCUAUGCAGUCGCUCAUGAUCGCAUCCAGCAAGCUCUGGUCAGCACCAAACCUGGCUGAUCACUUCACAGUGCCUGUCUUACUGAUGAGUGGCCAAUAGGGGGCCUCAGUCUCCACCAUGUCCAACUAUCCAUACGGACUAGCAUCAGUGCGAUUUGUGUGUGUGUGAGAGAGAGAGCGAGAGUGUGAUCGCGUGUGGAAAUGUAAGUGCGCAACCAGAUGUGCGUACAUGGAGAGAAUGAGUCGUGACUGAGAGCGAGCGAAAGCAUACUGGGGAAUGGACGAGUGAAAAUAGAACACCUUGUCGUGAAUGGUGUGUGAUUUGUUCGAGUGAGUGUAGAGAGUACUCAAGAUAGAACAGUGUGUUUCUAUGGAGACUACACAGGACUCUCUUGAUUUCACUGUUGGUGAAAUUUUAAAUUUACUUUUUUCUUCCCUUCCUCUUUCUCCAUGAGACUAUGGAGUUUUUUCUUCUUCUUUCAUAUCCAGGUUAUUGAAGAAUCUAGUUGUAGUAAGUCCAUGUGACUGGACCUGCUGUGCAAUGUUGAAAAUGUCUCGUAACGCAUCCAUCCGACUUCUUCAGUACUACUGAGUGGUGGGGAAUGCCGGGGAAUUCCCGAUUAUUCAGUUGAACUGAUGAAGGCCCUUAGAUUAGUGGUGAAAUCUUCAGCAUUAAAGCAACAAGACCAGCUGCCUUAACUUACUACUUCUAGAUUGUUUUUUGCUUGGUUUGCUUACAUUAAUUUUUGUACUUCUCUUGGAACACUGUGCUCAAACAAACUUGGGGGGGGAAAACAGUUUUUGUCCACGUUUUUAUUUGUAUUAACUCCAUUCUUGUUGCAUACCUAAUAAAGCUGUUCUGUCACUUUAUAUGUCCUUUAUAUGUAUGUUUUGUGAGUCACCUUGUUGUUGCACAGUAUUCAAACUUUACCUUUUCACAUGUGCACUUCAGUUUUUGGAAGCCUUCCCAACUAUCUGACACUAUCCCCCACCCCACAAUAAAUGAUUUCCUUUUUA